UUUGGAUUCAUCGGGAACAUGCACGGAGACGAGCCCGUGGGGCGAGAGAUCGCGAUGGAGGUGGGGCGAUGGGUGUGCGAACGCGCGACGACGACGCGCGAGACGACGAGCGAGGCGGAGACGCGCGAGCGGGCGCUGGCGAAACGAUUGGUGAACGAGGCGACGCUGUUCGUGGUGCCGACGGUGAAUCCCGAUGGGUUCGCGGCGAAAACGCGCGGGAACGCGCGUGGGGUGGAUUUGAAUAGAAACUUUCCGUACACGCGAUUUUCGCUGCCGAAAUCGUUGAGCGGACGGGCGAGCGCCACGGCGCUCAUCAUGCGAUGGAGCGAAAAGUGGGCGAUGAAUGGGGCGCUGAAUUAUCACGAAGGCGCGUUGGUGGCGAACUACCCGUGGGACGGGAACGACGACGGAAGCACGUCGUACAGCGCGGCGCCGGACGACGCGACUUUUAGAUAUCUCGCGUCAUCGUACGCUCAAGCGCAUCCCACGAUGAGUAAGAGCGCGGAGUUUGAGGGUGGAAUCACUAACGGCGCGGCGUGGUACCCGUUGUGGGGCGGGAUGCAAGAUUGGCACUACGUGCAGACGGGGACGUACAGCUUGACGGUGGAGGUGGACGACGAGAAAUGGCCGAGCGAGGACAAGCUCGGAGCGAUCGUCGACGAGCACGUGAACGCCAGCAUAGACUGCGUUGCCUCAAAUUGCCGAACUGGAGAACAUGGCCGU